UUAACAUUCAGAUUUACGAAAGCUUCUGACGAGACAUGGCAUCAAUGCGACUGUGUGCCAGUAGGCAACGAUGGUUCUGUACACGUGAUAUGUCGGCAAAUGCUGGCCUCUACAAUACCCUCACUGCCGCCUCUCGACUACCAGCCACCUCCUGCAAGUAUCGUGGCUUUGACAAUGACCGAAGGAGGACUGGCGUUUGUACAGCAGGACGCUUUCCGGAUGCACGACAUUCAGGCACUGGAUUUUUCCAACAACCAGAUCCAGACGGUGAAUGUGAAUGCUUUUCGGGGUCUCGAGAUGAAGCUGACUCAUUUGAGCUUCAAGCAAAAUAACCUAUCAGUUAUUCCAUCGUGGGCGCUGACGUAUCUACACCAUUUGCAAGUGUUGCGCCUUGAUGGUAACCGAAUCAGCCAUAUCCGACCAAACACUUUCGAUGAAACUCAACUAAAUAACCUUCACUUCCUUCACUUAGACAACAAUCAGAUAUCAAUCAUUCCAAACAUGGCCUUCGCCAGACUACGUCUCAUUGUCCUCACUUUAUCAAAUAAUCGCAUCACACAGUUGGAGAAGUUAUCGCUGCCUCCUUCGCUUAGUAUUCUUGAACUGAGGAACAACCUGCUUACACAGAUCCCUUACUUGGCUUUGAAAGAUAAGACCGCACUCCAAGUUUUGGAUCUUGACUCGAACAAUAUUUCUUCACUCGAGUACAACCCUGAAGUGCACUUCAAAACCGAACUCAGACUCGUUCUGCGGAAUAACAAAAUCCGCACACUAACGCCAACAUCAUUGAAGAGCUUCAGAAAGUUCAAGGAACUCGAUCUGAGCUACAACCAAAUAUCGAGCAUGUCUUCCGCAGCGUUCGAGAGCAUCAGCCAUGUGAAAACUCUUGACCUUAGCUACAACACCCUUGCCUACAUUGCUCGUGGGACAUUCAAAAACUUGGCAAAGAAUCUCGAACGACUAAAUCUUGAAGAGAAUAUAUUUCAUGCAAUCCCAGCGGCACUUAGCGAUCUCAGGAAUUUGACGCAUUUGAGCAUGAACGGGAACAAAUUGACCAAGGUCGAUGAAGAACCUUUCGCAGGGUUGAAAGAGGUUCUUAUUGAUCUAUCACUUGCUUAUAACCGCCUCAAAAUAAUUCCAACAAAAGCUCUUAACGGGAUGGUCCGCCUGCAGCAUUUGGAUUUGUCCAAGAACAGUAUCAAACAACUGGAUCGAUUAGCAUUUAGUACACGUGAUAGCACAGACUCGAACUUGGUCCAUUUAAAUCUUGCCGGUAAUCACCUGAAGUCCAUCGACGAUCCCAAUGUAUUUCUUCAUAUGACAUCACUAGCCUAUCUUGACCUCUCCUACAACAAACUGGAAAAAAUAGACCCUAAGAUAUUCGAGAAGUUACCAGGACUGGAGAGGCUAUAUCUGCAGAACAAUAAACUUCAAGAAUACCCCAUACAAGCUCAGCAGCGAAUGCAGAACCUUCGGCAACUGAAUCUGGACAACAAUCUAAUUGAAGAGCUACCAGAUCACCUUCUUUAUUCCACCCAACGCCUAGAACACUUAUCUUUAGCCGGGAAUCGAAUACAUUCCAUAGGCGACAACAUCUUUCAUUCAAGCAGCUCUAAAGGACUAAAAUCUCUGAACCUCGCUGGGAACAGGAUCUCGAGCAUUUCCAAAAGGGCAUUUCAACUGAUGGAGAACCUUCAAGUUCUUAGACUCAACAACAACCGACUUCGCACAAUUGACACCUCGGUCUUUGCUGAACUCAAAAACUUGCGCUACGUCGACCUAUCAAAUAACAACAUCGUGCAUAUCCUCCCGCAAGCUUUUACGAGCCUUCCUCUAAUUGACACGUUGCUUUUGCAUCACAAUGAAAUCGAACGAAUCGACAAAUCAGCCUUCCACCGUGUUGCCAGGAUUGAAGACAUUAGAUCUGAGUCACAACUUUCUCAAGAACUUCACAUAACGGAACUCACAUGCAUUUUGCGAAGUCUCGUUCACUUGGACCUCGGCUAUAAUGUUCUCGAAACGUUCAAGAAGAAUACGAUGGAUGGAGCUGACAAAAUGCUCGAAAUAAUCCUCAGAGGCAAUGGCAUACUUGAGCUGCAAAGUCACGCUUUCGCCUGCUGCCCAAAACUCUCGACUGUGGACCUGUCGCACAAUCACCUACGCACAAUCCACAAGGACACGUUCUCUGACCAGGUGAGAAAAAAAAGCUUGAGCUGGCAAAACAUGUCAUUCAGUAAGUCUCGAGGACAUAAAUCAGCAACAGGUGGUAUGGGGGAAAGAAAAGCGGAUGGGAUGUGGCCUGAAAUAAGGUCCGAGCUUGACUGUUGUCUGCACCACGAGCCAGCUCACAGAUCGAGUCCAAAGUAA